AUGCCAGCAUCUCCCCAGCACUUAUCUCUGCCUUAUCUCUCACCCAUACAGCUGACGGUACUGAACGCGGGCCGGAAGUACCUGCACCUGGACAGCCUGUCGGGGAAGGUGUUCCUGACCUCGGGCCUCGGAGGCAUGUCGGGGGCGCAGGCAAAGGCAGCUGUCAUCUGUGGCUGCAUCGGCGUCGUCGCAGAGGUCAGCGAAGAAGCUCUGAAGAAAAGGCACGAGCAGGGAUGGCUGUUAGAGUACACUGAUAACCUGGACAACCUUAUACGCAGGAUAAGGGAAGCAAGACGCAAGAAGGAGGUGACCUCCAUCGGUUUCCAUGGCAACGUCGUGAGUGUGUGGGAACGGCUUGUGCAGGAAUACGAACAGACUGGAGAACUCCUGGUGGAGCUUGGGUCGGACCAGACUUCGUGUCACAAUCCUUUCAGUGGUGGCUAUUAUCCAGUCCAAUUGUCCUUCAAGGAGGCUCAGGAGCAUGGAGAGGGUUACAAGCACGACUUCGAGUGUGUAGUUAUUAGUAUAUGUGUCGAACAUGUAGUUGUGUGGGUGUCUCUGGGCGUGUUCUUAGGAUUCACACACACAGAUCUACAGUACACAGUGAUAGAAACAGGACGAGAGUGGAAGCGAAGGAGUGAAGAGCUUGGUAUAUUUGGCAGAAUCAUUAAGGAUAAGAAUUUCAACGAAAAGGAUGAAAACAAUGCGUUAUAA